AUGUUGGGUGUUGAACGUUUUACGAUUUUCAGUGGUGGCGCUAAUGGGGUUGAUUUAGAAGCAGACCGUUUUGCACGAGACUUUGGUUUACCUGUCAAGAUCAUAAUUCCACCUUGUCAUCCACGAAGCAAAUACUUGCACCCGUUAACGCAUCAACAGUUGGGAGAAGCCAUUCCAAUCACAAACCAAGUCUCCAAUCGCCUCAACAAACCAUUAAGCAAUCCCAUCAGUUUACAGUACAUUCACCGGAAUUAUCAUGUGGUGAAACAAGCCGAAAUGGUACUGGCUUUUACAAGCUUUCAACCUGAAAGUAACUUAUGCUUUGGAGGUACCGGUUGGGCAGUGGAAAUGGCCAAACUUCUCAAGAAAAUCUUGUACGUGUACGAUGUGGAACGCAACAUUUGGUUCUGGUACAAUCACCAGCAAGAUAUAUUCUACGCCUGUGAUCAGAUGUCUGAAGAACAGUUUGCUUUACCCACCUUUUUACCCAAAACGGCCAUUGUGGGGAUCAGAAACAUUUACGAUUUUCCAGACGCUUUAUUAGAACUUCAAGAUACCUUUAAACGUAGUCUCAAUAUACCUGUAUAA